AUGGCAUCUUCAACAUUCGAUCCAUCGCUCUCCACGAGUGGCAUGCGCCCGCCCCUGGCCUCCGCAGAUGCGCCUUCAGUGGCAGACUCGUUGCCCAGCAUCAACUUCGGUUUCGAUGAUUUGCGCAAUCGCAUGGCGCAGUUCACGGCAAAGUUCGAUGCUUUCAUAGAGCGUGGCCGCAAGCAAGUUCUCGAGGAGCGCAAUCAGUUCCACAUCAACCUCGCCGAAUUGCAGGAGGAUGAACGGAUGCGACAGCGAGAUAUCGAAAUUAUCACCCUGAAAACCCAGACACACGAGCAAACCCUUCAGAAGGAAGCCGCCGAGGCGGCUGAAAUGCACAGUGCAAUCAACUCCAUCACAGGAGAGCGUGACUCGCGACUUGCCAAACGCGACCGCCUCAAGCAGCAGAUUGCAGAGACCCAGAAAGCUAUCAAUCAGCGGGUGGAGGCACAAAAGGCCCACGCAAAACAUCUUGACGCGCAAUCAAGACUUAAUUCCCCCGAGCUUGACUUCUGGCAGGAUUAUCUUUGUUUACGCAUCGAGGGGGCGGGUCGAGAAGAUCGGUUGAAGUUUGUUUACAGUCACCUACUGGAAAAGGACUGGGAAGCCGAAGCUUGGUUUGAAUUGGGAACUGCCAGUCGCGAUUACGAAGUGUUUCACACCCGGCCCAAGGUAGAUCGAGAUGCACUGGAACGAGAGGUCGAUCUUGUCAAUGAUGACCGAGACUUCGGGGCCUUCCUCAAGCGGAUGCGCAAGUUAUUUGCGGAGGCUAUGAACUGA